CUCGGUGUUGGUGAGGGAAGGGUGUAUGAAGCGUCUCUCUCGAAGUAUGUGUGUGUUAAUGACGUCCAUAAUGAAUUUAGUACGAUAACCAUUCAUCAGUAUGGAACACAGAGGAAUCAUCGGCGUUGUGAUUACCAGCAUAUUAAUCGGAGUGUGUCGGGGUGCGGACACCUAUGUGGGCAAGAAACUGGGAGAACUCAACAGUUACCACCACCAGGUUGGCGGUGACGUGUACGCUGUUGAUGAAAACACAUUCUUGAUUAAGAAUUUCAUGUAUGAUGGUAAUGGUGGAGACACGUACUUCUGGGCUGGCUCCAGACCCCGUCCAGGACCCCAGGGUUUCAUCGUUCCUAAUGAGCUGGGAAGGACCAACGUUCUGGACCGCUACCUCAAUAAAGACAUAACCCUCACACUCCCAGACAAGAAAAACAUCGUAGAAAUCAAAUGGUUGGCAAUAUAUGACCUCAGUAGAUUGGAACCUUUUGGUGACGUCUACAUUCCAGAGGGAUUUGAGCCUCCACAGAAGAUAAUCCUCAACAAACUUUCCUCUAAGACAGGAGAGGCCAAGUCUGGUGCAGUCACCAUUGUUGACUCCAAGACUAUAAUUAUGGAAGACUUCUACUAUGAUGGUACUGGAGAGGAGGUUUACUUCUGGGUUGGUGUUGGACCUCAGCCUCACUCUAAGGGUACAAAGAUACCUGAUGAACAUGGAUACAUGACCCCACUUCAGAAGUAUGUAAAGAAAACCGUGAUGCUUGAACUCCCGGGAGACCUGACAGUGUUCACUGUUGACUGGCUCUCGGUGUAUGAUAUUAAGAGUGAGAGAGUUUUAGGAUCCAUCAUCAUCCCGGAGGAACUUAACGUGCCGCCGUCACUCGUCAAAAUCAUUCCCCAUGAAAAUAGUAUGCCUAAUUGUGUGCAGCUGUACAAGGACCUGCAGGUGUCGUGGGAGGUGUUUGGUGAUCAGAUAACAAUGGAGCUUGCUGCACAAGUUGGAGAGAAUGAUUACAUGGCCUUUGGUAUGAGUGGGUCUCAGACGGAGCCGGCGAUGAUCGGCGGGGACGUGGUGGUGAUGUUCAUGGAAGGUUACCUGGGCAACCUCAUCGACUACAACAUGUCCUCUUAUAUGCCAUGUACAGAACUGUUAGGUCAGCCGAAGGGUGUGUGUGAAGAUGAUAAGGUCGGUGGGACACAGGACUACCAGGCAUACAGCAGCAAGAGGGAAGACGGCAUCAACAUCUUCACCUUCAGACGUCGCCUUGUCACCCCUGACACUGGAGACAAAGCAUACCCAGAUUCAGGUCCAGCCAUAAUCAUCUGGGCACUUGGUGCUCUUGACAUCAUCAAGAAACCAUCCAUGCACUAUGCCUGGUCAAAGGCUAAGCAGGAGAUCGAAUUCGCUAGGAAGCCAACGGAGAAGAAUUGCUUUGCAUUUACCCGCAGUGAGAAACCAAACCUGAAACCUUGGUCUGGGUUCCAUUUAGCAGAUCCUGCAGCCCGUGAGUUCACUGCUCGCUUGGGUCCUGAUGGAGGUGUGCGAGGAUAUUUAGCCACAGCAAAUCAUAAUUCAGAAACAGGGUUGGCAUGGUAUAUAAAUGGCUUACUUGCACCCGAAUUGUACAUCAAGAGGAACAUUAAAUACAGGUUCUUAGUUGAGGGCGGCUCCAACCCUUAUGACCCCCGCAGCUAUCACCCCAUGAUCAUCACAGAUGAACCUCGCGGAGCUUACUCUCAGCUGUCAGAAAGCCAGCAGAAAGAAGUUCGUGUGCUGGCUGGUAUUGGUUACUCAGUUAGAGGAGAUGCAAGACCUACAGCAACUGGACGAUUAUGCCUCUGGAAGCACACUCCAGAGGGGGACCGCCGCAAAGACGUGGAGUUUAGGACAUUUGAGCGCUUCCGUAACUCGUUGAUGCUGGAGUGCGGCGACGGUAAAGCUGCUAUUCUCGAGUUCACCCCCAACAAAUCAUGGCCUGACAUCGUUUACUACAACAGCUGGACGGCACCAAAUAUGGGCUGGCGUAUCCAUAUUUUAGAAGAAGUGCACACUGAAAAAAUUUUAGCCGAAGUAGCACGUAGGAGCGAGGGAGUGAAGUUUGCAGUUACCCAUCAUUUUGUCCUGGCUUUAGGUUUAGGGGUGUGGGCUAUACUGAUGGUCCUUAUAUAACUUUCUUGACAAAAAUAAAAUUUGACAUCCUAUUACUGUAAGGGUCUUGUACAGUACAGUAUAUCAUAUAUAUAUAUAUAUAUAUAUAUAUAUAUACAUAUUAGCUCAAGUUUUAAUCCUUUUAGUACUAUCAGUUGUAGAUUGUGAAGACAUGUACUGUAUUUGUAAUUAUACAAAUCAUAUUAAAAAAUGUAUAAAGCUGUGGAAUAUUUCCCCAAUCUUCCCACUAAGUGAUCAGAUGCAAUUUUGAAAUACAUGAUGAAAUUUA